GGCACUUCUUUCUGUCCCCAAAGCAAAACUAAUUCCCUUAUUCCUUUUCAGCUACAUCAGUAUUUGUUGUGGCAAUGUUAUCACUAUUUUCUAUGUUACAGCAUCGCCAUGCAAUCCCGAGAGAGCAAUAUGCAGGAAAUGCGGCGAGGCUCCUAUUAAGGUGACGCGCCUCGCUGACAACGGCACUCGCAAGGUUCAGGUGCGCAGAUACGACCUCAAAGGCAAUGUAAUAGACGAAGGCACGAGAAUAAUCGGCGGUGGAAAAGCCUCGCCACUGGAGUACCCAUACCAGGCGGCACUUGCAGAAGCCCCAGAUCUUUUCUUUUUGUGCGGAGGAUCUAUCAUUACCCGGGAGUGGGUGCUCACCGCCGCUCACUGCUUGGUGGAUUUUAAGGGUGACUACUCUACACUGUUGGUCGGCGUCGGAAACACCUUCAGGGACUUGAUGCUGUACCUGGAUGCGAAAAGAGUUAUCAUACAUGAAGAUUACAAUGAUCUUCGCAUUGAAGACGGAAAUGACAUUGCCCUGAUUCAACUACCGGCGAGACUCAACUUCGACCAGAACCCGUCGGUGCAGCCCGUGUGCCUGGCCGAGGCUGAGGACUUGGUGAUUGGGCAGGACAUGGUGAACACUGGCUGGGGACUCCUCAACACAUCUAAGAAGGCAAUUUCCCCUAAUGAACUGUAUGAAGUAACUCUCACUCAAAUGGACGUGAAGGUCUGCAGACGCUCUGGAGAUGUACCAAGGGACCAAAAGAAGGUUAUUUGCACCGUCAACACUGACAAAUCCAGCUGUAAAGGCGACAGUGGAGGGCCUCUGGUGGUGCAGCUGUGUGACGGACGAUGGGUGCAGACAGGAAUAGUCAGCUACUCGAUUGGGCUCUGUAGCGGGAUAAAUUUGUUCACGAGCGUUCCUUACUACAGAGACUGGAUAAUUGAUAACAUAAAACCCACUUAUUUUUGCUGAGCCGCCCUGCCUGCAAUUCCUGAUUUUAUUAGGAACAUUUUUGUUACAUUCGUUUAGAAAAUUUAGAUUUUAUUUUCAGUUCUGCAGUUGUGAUUUAUGAUAUUGCCAUUUUUUGUUUAAUCUACUUUCAAAUGUUUUCUUUGUUGCACUCUCUCAUUAUUAUUAUUAUUAUUAUUAUUAUUAUUAUUAUUAUUAUUAUUAUUAUUAUUAUUAUUAUUACUACUAUUACUGCUACUAUUAAUAUAAUCAUUAAUAUUAUCAUCAUUAUUAUAUUUUUUUUAUCAUGACUGUUCCCUUUGUGGUUCUGUACGGAAUUGUUUUACUUUUCAUAGAUGCACAGUUCACCUUGGCAGUGAAGAGUUUUCUUUGAGCAAAAAGUAAACAUGAAUAAAGAAACAAUAAAAAUUAUGCAUCCUAA